GCCGGGGAGACCUUCAUUAACCCCCCCGUGCCCGGUCCGGGCCCUGCUCCCGCUGCAGCCGCCCUGGGGCCGCCCCGGGCUCCGCCCGCCCCGCUGCGGAGCUGCAGCCUCCAGGUGCUGCAGAGACGGCAAACAAAAUCAGCGGCCUUGUUGUUCCUGGAACUGCUGAGACCCCCAACUGAGAUCUGGGUCCUGUUCUGCCAGGCGUUGCACAGACCCCAACAGAGGUCAGACCCCACUGUUGUGACAGGUGCUGUGGAGACCCCAACUGAGAUCUGCACUCCAGUUGUGCUGGGCACUGCAGAGACCCCAACUGACAUCAGGCCCUGCAUUGUGCCAGGCUGCAGAAUGACAUCCAUGUUUCCCUCCAGCUCAUCCUGUCUUCCCAUGGGACAGGGGAAAGAAAUGGCUGCAAAGGAGCCAGCUCAGGGGCCGGUGACCUUCGAGGAGGUGGCUGUGUAUUUCACCAGGGAAGAGUGGGCUCUGCUGGACCUCGCUCAGAGAGCCCUCUGCAGAGACGUCAUGCAGGAGAACUAUGAGAAUGUGACCUCACUGGGGAUUCCAGUUUCCAAACCUGAUGUGCUUUCCCAGCUGGAACAAGGGGAAGAGCCAUGGGUCCCAGACCUUCAGGGUUCAGAGGAAAGAGAGAUCCUGAGAGCUCACUGCACAGGUGAUGCAAUGGCACGUGAGAAAAAGGAGCAGAAUUCUCAGCAGAAAGAUGCUGAGCAAGUGGAUAAACACAGAGCAUUAUCACAAAGAUCGGAAAGGAAUGUGUCCAGGAGUCAUGAGCAGGGAAAAUCCUCUGAGAUUCAGCACAGACCAGAGAGAGAGCAGGGAAACCAGCCAGGGGAGAAAGUCGGUAAAUGUAUUUACUCUCAGGGAACUCAGAAGAACCUCAAGGAGACAACAAUCCAGCAGGAAAUCCUCAUGGGAAAGAAAAAAAAUUCAUGCACUGAGUGUGGAAAAAACUUAAGUAACUACUCAGCCCUUAUUAAACAUCAGAGAAUCCACACAAGAGAGAGGCCCUAUCAAUGCCGUGAGUGUGGGAAAAACUUCACUCACAGAUCAGGUCUUUUUCAACAUCAGAGCAUCCACACAGGGGAGAGGCCUUAUGAAUGCAGUGAGUGUGGGAAAAGCUUCAUUCGGCGCUCACAUCUUAUUACACAUCAGAGAAUCCACACAGGAGAGAAACCUAAUGAAUGCAGUGAGUGUGGGGAGACCUUCAGUCAACGCUCAAGCCUUGUUAGUCAUCAGAGAAUCCACACUGGGGAGAGGCCCUAUGAAUGCCGUGAGUGUGGAAAAACCUUCAAUUGCAGCUCACACCUUAUUACCCAUCAGAGAAUCCACACAGGAGAGAGGCCCUGUGAAUGCAGCGAGUGUGGGAAAACCUUCAAUUGCAGCUCACACCUUAUUACCCAUCAGAGAAUCCACACAGGAGAGAGGCCGUAUGAAUGCAGCGAGUGUGGGAAAACCUUCAAUUGCAGCUCACACCUUAUUACCCAUCAGAGAAUCCACACAGGAGAGAGGCCGUAUGAAUGCAGUGAGUGUGGGAAAACCUUCAAUCGCAGCUCAAACCUUAUUACCCAUCAGAGAAUCCACACAAGGGAGAGGCCUUAUGAAUGCAGUGAGUGUGGGAAAAGCUUCACUAACCGAGCAGCCCAUCUUAAUCAUCAGAGAAUCCAUACAGGGGAGAGGCCCUAUGAAUGCAGUGAGUGUGGGAAAAACUUCACUCAUAGAUCAGGACUUUUUCAACAUCAGAAAAUCCACACAGGGGAGAGGCCCUAUCAAUGCAGUGAGUGUGGGAAAACCUUCAUUCGGUGCUCACACCUUAUUACACAUCAAAGAAUGCACACAGGUGAGAAACCCAAUGAAUGCAGUGAGUGUGAGGAAACCUUCAGUCAACGCUCAAGCCUUGUUAGUCAUCAGAGAAUCCACACAAGGGAGAGGCCCUAUGAAUGCAAUGAGUGUGGGAAAACCUUCAUUCGGUGCUCACAUCUUAUUACACAUCAGAGAAUGCACACAGGUGAGAAACCCUAUGAAUGCAGUGAGUGUGGGAAAACUUUUUUUUGGAGCUCAGCCCAUGUUAGGCAUCAGAGAAUCUGCAAGGGAGAUCAACACGAUAAAAGACUCUAGGGCUAUGAAGACUUCUUUUUUUCUUUAAUACUUUGGCUGAUUCCCACAUAGUAACCUUUACAGCUGUUUGAAAUGUUUGCAGCACCGUUAUAUCUCAGCUUGUCCAGAUGAGGGGCCCAUUUUUACCUUUUGCAGUUUUCCCUGUUUCGAGAUGGACCCAUUUGUCCUUUCUAUCAACUCCAUUGUCCCAUGAGUAAUUUGGAUAUGCCCUUCCUACAGGGAACCAGGGAGCAUCACAUUUAUCCCAUUCCUCCUAUUGCAAAGUUACUGUUAGUCACCAAUGAUGCAAAUUGUAUCAUUGCCUGUUGUUUUCACGUUGAUCUGGGUUGUGCUGAAGAGCAGUUAUAUUGGGAGCUUUUAAAAUUAUAUUUAAAUGAAGAGGAGCAGGGGCAGGAAAAAAGUGUCAUUUGAGCCUCUGUGACAGUGGAAGGAGAUGGGGUGUCUCAGAGAUUCCCUCCUUCCCCAUCACUCCAGAACUGUUUUUCUCUGCAUGGCUCAAACAGGAGGUAUCUUCAUCUUCAUUCUAUCCCUCCACUUUUCAAAAUGUCAUGUGAUGAAGUUUUCUCAGUUGUCUGUGCUUGGAGAUGAUGUUUUACUUCUUUAAUCCUAUAUCAGAGUCACUAUGACGAGAGAUGAAAGUGUCAAAGACCUGGAAGGGGAAUUCAAAAGGAUCCCAAACACAGUGUGAUCAUUUGGAGUUUAAAUCCCUGGUUCCAUCUAUUGGUAAAACCACUUCUGGCAAGGUGGCUGUUUUUCCCCCAUUAUGGGGAUGCUAGGAUACUAAAAAUUUUGUAAAUAACAUAACUGACCAUUGAGACAGUGCUGAGUGAAGCAGGUUUGAAGGAUCAGAGGAGAAUGUGAUGGGAGAAUCUCUUGCCCUGAUUCUGAAUAAUCAGAUGUAACCUGCUCUGGAAUUUCACUUGACAUUUUCAUUGUCAUGUAUUCUAUCUCUCUGUGAUGUGACUUCUAUCUUUUCUGAAGGCUCUUUGGCCACCCAAUUGGAUAUUAGUUCAGUUUGAUAGGAUGUAGCUCAGAUUUAUAGGAGAAUUUAAGACAAACGACCAUUUGCUAAAGUCAUCAUUUCUCACUUCAGCUUUGCUUUUUCCCCAUCCCUCCAUGAUGACAUGGAGAAAGUUCAAGUGCAGUUCGGUCAACAGGAGAGAACUCUCCAAUUUACUGGACAUGCUAACAAAGAAAUAGCGGUGAUUUAAAAUCUCCAUU